UCUGCUCCUCCUCCUCCUUCUCGUCCUCCGUGGCCGCCCCGCCCGGAGAGGCCUCGCCCCGCCGCCGCCGCCUUCUCCAGUCCGUCCGUCCGUCCCAGCGCCUUCGUCCCCGCUGGGCCCAGGGUCCCCGCGAUGCCGGACCAAGCCCUGCAGCAGAUGCUGGACAGAAGCUGCUGGGUGUGUUUUGCCACUGAUGAAGAUGAUAGGACAGCUGAAUGGGUGAGACCAUGCAGGUGCAGAGGAUCUACCAAAUGGGUUCACCAGGCUUGUCUACAGCGCUGGGUGGAUGAAAAACAGAGAGGAAACAGUACCGCCAGAGUGGCAUGUCCUCAGUGCAAUGCCGAAUACUUAAUAGUUUUUCCAAAGUUGGGUCCAGUUGUUUACGUCUUGGAUCUUGCAGAUAGACUGAUCUCAAAAGCCUGUCCAUUUGCAGCAGCAGGAAUAAUGGUUGGCUCUAUCUAUUGGACAGCUGUGACUUAUGGAGCAGUGACUGUGAUGCAGGUUGUAGGCCACAAAGAAGGUCUGGAUGUCAUGGAGAGAGCUGAUCCCUUAUUCCUUUUAAUCGGACUUCCCACUAUUCCAGUCAUGCUGAUAUUAGGCAAGAUGAUUCGCUGGGAGGACUAUGUACUUAGACUAUGGCGCAAAUACUCUAAUAAGCUACAAAUUUUGAACAGUAUAUUUCCAGGGAUUGGUUGUCCUGUUCCUCGAAUUCCAGCUGAGGCUAAUCCUUUAGCAGACCAUGUCUCAGCUACCCGAAUUUUGUGUGGAGCCCUUGUCUUUCCUACUAUUGCAACAAUAGUUGGUAAAUUGAUGUUCAGUAGUGUUAAUUCUAAUUUACAAAGGACAAUCUUGGGUGGAAUCGCUUUUGUUGCCAUCAAAGGAGCUUUCAAGGUUUACUUCAAACAGCAGCAAUAUUUACGUCAGGCACACCGCAAAAUUCUAAAUUAUCCAGAGCAAGAAGAAGCGUAAAACUGUAACUUCUGGUCUCAUUAUUCUGCAGUCCUCUCAUCCUUAUGAUUCUGUUCUAUUGUUUGAUUCCAUCAUUAAUGCACAGUAGUGGACACUUGUGAUAAACUGCUCUCAUGUUUUUAAGAAAUAUAAUAAAGCACUUAGAACAGAGGAAAUUCAGUAAUCACAGAACCUAAGGAUGUGAUUUGUUUUCACUGUAUUUUUUUUUUUAUGGCAGUCAUCUGAACCAUUAUCUUAGCAUGGUAAAUCUGGGUUUUCUUCAUAUUUUUUCUGGAAAUGUAAAGCUCAAACUGUGCAAAUAUUUAAAAAUGCACAUACUGUUUUAUCCAAAUGCUUCUUUUGUACAUGUUCAUUUUCAGUGUUUUCUUAGCAACUCAGUGAAGGUACUAUGAGAAUCUUUCUCACUGGCAUAAUUUGAUCACACAUUAAAUAGGAGUAUAUGUUAAUAUGAGGAAAUACAAAUUAGUUAUAAAUAACCAAAAAUGUGUGUGAACAUUCAAAUGAUUAGCAAACCAAUUUUGUUGUUUUCUUAGCCCAUGUGUUGUCCUUCGGAACAUAUAGGGUGAAAAUUCACAGGGCUUUCAGAGAGCACUUUUUCACUGUUAAAUUUUAUUUAUAAAAUCUUGGCAUCUCAAUUCAUAAUGCAGCUUUGACUCAUGCAAAAUGUGUGUGUUUAUGUGUGUAUGUAUGUAUGUAUGUGUGAGUGUGUGAGGUCGGGGGGAGAAAGACAUCAGUCCUUCCAUCACUGGAGUAAGGUUUUUAAAUUCACAUUUCUAGAAAUUAGAGCUGCCAGUUUAUAGUGGUUUGAGCACAGAGAAUGAUUUGCAAAUAAUAAAAUCAAAGUUAUUUUACUCUCCUAUUUCACGGAUUCAGUUAUUCAGGUAUUUGUUGAUCACCUUAUGCUCAGGCACUGGACAGAGUGCCAUGGAAUACUGUGGUGUGAAUACGACAGAUUUGGUAUCUGCUUUUACAGAUUAUGGUCUAGUUUCAACAGGGAGAAACCAGCAAUGAAUAAACCAAGGUGAGGGCUUGAAUUUUUGUAUUUGUGAAGAAAUAACUGAAACCAGUACUUCUUGAGUAAAUAAAUACUGAGGAUACUUUUAUUGGCUUACGUUGGUUUUUAUCUAAAAAUACUAAUGAUUUUAGAUUCAAAUUGCCUCAUAUUGAUGAGGUAGCACCUUAAUCACUGUUUAGUCUUAUAUUCAUUUUUCAGAAACAAUUAUUUAUUUUAAGCCAUUUUCAGUAUUGACUCUUUCAAUGUUAUUCAGCAAUCUGAAUGGUCUUGGAAUUAUUUUUAUUAAUUAAAACUUUGGGAGACACUUUCAGAAAUCCUGUUUAUUUUCUUGUUCACAAUAUCUAAUGCAUGAUCAUCAUAAUUGUUUCCCCUUACUGGAAAGAAACCAUUUGUGUUUAGGAGUGUAGAUUGAAAUGUGUUAAAUUGCAAUAAUGUAUGUUAAUUUUAGUCAUUUAAGACUGGUACCUUUCUAUAAUGUCUUAAUUUGGGAUUAUAAUGGAGUUUACGUGAAUGGUUGUUGAACAUUCAAAGUUGUAAUUAUUUGGGGAGUCAAAUCUUGACUGACAGCCUUAUUAAGCACACUGCUGUAAUUCUGAAAUAUAAAUUCUAUGAUCAUAUAGCUGUAAUAAAAACGUUGGCUUUUCUUUAA